AUGGAAUUAAUAAUACAUCAUAAUCUUACAGUUGAGGAUUAGUAAUAUUUACUAUUUUUUAGAGGUGUCUAAGAAGCCAUCUAACAAAUUAAUAAAAUUAAUAAAGUCAUUGCCAUUACAGAUAGUAAUUCUACUGCCAGAAUUUAAGUUGUGGCCUUCUUUAAAACUAGAGCAAUUGAUGAUUUUAAUGUUUUAAUUGUUACAGGAGACGCUUUUGAUUUAUAAAAUAAUUAAGUUAGGCAAUCCAGUUUAAAAUACAAACCAUUUAUUCAGCUUAUAAUAUUUGUGAAAUCUGUAUCAUAUCUGUUAUAGAUAAAAAUACUUGAUUUAUUAUUAUUCUAUUUCAUAGAAUUCCAAAAUCUAUGUCAAUAUUAAUGA